AUGUCCAUAUCCUUCUACCAAGUCAUCUCAGCGUCUGACGAGGAGUCAACCAUACGUCGCUUUCUUGCCGCCUUGGUCACGGUUGCCUUCGUCUCAUACGGCUUGUACCAAUGGCUUCUGCCCAAACCCGUUCCAGGCAUUGCAUGCAACCCGGAGGCGAUACAGUCGCUUCUCGGCGACGCCCCUGCCAUGAUCAGAGAAGUCGGCGUGACGGGCGAAUUCCGCGUUUGGUGCGCUAAGCAGCCCUGGAUCCUCCUUGCCGAUUUCCGUGAGUCCAGGGAUAUACUGAUGCGCCGCAGAGAGUUCGACAAGUCAUCCUUUCUCUCCGAUGGCAUGGCGUGCAUGGGUUCUUUCCAUGGCAUUUACCUUACGGGGGACAAGUUCAAGUCGAAUCGCCAACUCAUUCAGGAUCUCAUGACCACCAGCUUUCUGCACAAGAAUGUGGGACCCGCGGUUUACAACAAGGGGCUCAAGCUAAUGAAGCUGUUUGAGCUGAAGAUGAAAGUCGCACACGGGCGGCCAUUUAGCGUCAAAAAGGAUUUUGAGUAUACCUCUCUCGACGUUAUGCUUGCGUUUGCUUUUGGCAAGAACUGGGUUCAUACGGCACUGGGUCCCCAAGUAGAUCUCCUCAGCAAGCUGGGGGCCAUGGAUGCGAAACUCGAUGCCUUGGAUCAGCCAGUCAACUUUCCGACAGUUCCCCUAGUCGAAUUCCUCAACUCCGUCUACGAGGCUCCCGAAAUUGUGGAAAAGACCAUCAAUGCCAUCUUGCCGAAGCUGCAAACCUGGUGGUGGUCAAGGCAGUCAUGGUAUAAGAGAAUUUUCGACGAGAAGGAGCGUGUCAUGAAGGAACAGGUUGCCAUCGGUGUAAAGAACUACCGCUCUGGACAUGUCGAGACGGGCGUUGAACACAUGCUGAUGCGAGGAGCGGCUCGUGCAGAGAAAGAAGGCCGGGGCCCCGACUUUGAGAGCAAAGUCUUCCGGGAUGAGAUGUUUGGCAACAUUGUCGGGGGCCACCACACAACGAGCGGAGCCAUGAUGUGGUUGACCAAGUACCUUACCGACAUUCCCCAAGUUCAAAACAAGCUACGUUCGGUCUUACAUCAGACAUUGUCGACGGCCAAAGCAGAGAAGCGUCUCUUCACUUUCGAGGAGAUCCGCCACGCAAAACUCCCUUACUUGGACGCGGUAAUCGAAGAGAUGCUGCGCAUAAAUGCCGUCCCGGUCACCCGCGAAGCGUUGUGCGAUACCACGAUACUGGGAUGCCCAAUCCAAAAAGGCACCCAAGUUUUCUUCAUGUCCAACGGCCCGGGCUUCUUGUCGCCAUCCUUCCCUAUUGAUGAAUCGAAGCGAAGCGAGACUUCGCGCUCGGCCAAACUCAACGCCACAUGGAACGAGACGCAGGACUUGACACGCUUUGAUCCCGACCGCUGGCUCGUGCGCAAGAACGAUGGCGAGGGUCUGUUGGCAGACGACGUUGAUUUUGACGGAGGGGCAGGGCCACAGCUGGUCUUUGGCGCAGGACCGCGCACUUGCUGGGGACGGAGGCUGGCGUAUAUGGAAAUGAGGACAGCCAUGGCGAUGCUCGUUUGGAAUUUCCGGCUUGAGAAGACGCCGCCGGCGCUCUCAGCCUACGCUGGGCUCGAGGGGAUUGCGCGUGUCCCGCAGCAGUGCUACGUGAGGCUCAGCAAGAUGUAG